GAGGUUCCCUGAUCACAGGUUUGGACAGGCAUUCACUACAAUCAAGUGUGAGUGCAUCACCUACCUGCCCUGGCUGGAGAAGAGUUCUGCAAUCCACCAGAUGAUGGCAGCAUAAUAGAAAUACCUGCCGCGUCUUCCAAGAGGCAGUUGAACACCACAAUGCAGUCAGUGAAAGUUGUGGUUGUCGGGGCAGGAGUGGUGGGUCUAUCCACGGCGGUGUGCAUCGCAGAGACCCUCCCCCACUGCUCAGUGACCGUCAUCAGUGAGCGCUUCACCCCUGACACCACCAGUGAUGGAGCCGCUGGGAUUUUAAUUGCGUCUCAGUUUCCAGAUAUUCCUCUGGAGCGCCAACGCCGGUGGUUCAAGGAGAGCUUUGAUCACCUGCUGGCCAUUGCCCAGUCCACCGAGAGUGGGGAGACAGGAGUCAUCCUGAGCUCAGGGUGUCAGAUCUUCAAGGAGGUGUCCGCUGACAAGAGGCCAUUCUGGGCAGAGCAUGUCUUCGGCUUCCGCUUCUUAAGCGACCGCGAGAUGAAGAGAUUCCCUGAUCACAAGUUUGGACAGGCAUUCACUACAAUCAAGUGUGAGUGCACCACCUACCUGCCCUGGCUGGAGAAGAGAUUUGGGAAAGCGGGCGGUAAGAUCUCCUAUGGGAAGGUCUCUGAUCUUCAGCACCUGGCCGACACCUAUGAUGUCAUUGUGAACUGUUCAGGACUAGGAGCUCACUCCCUGGUGGGGGAUACAAAGAUGUACCCCAUCCGUGGGCAGAUUCUCAAGUUCCAGGCCCCCUGGGUGAAGAACUUUGUUUGUGACGAGGACUGCCUCACCUACAUCUUCCCAGGUGUGAACAGCAUUACCCUGGGGGGAACGCGGCAGGCAGGGGACUGGCGUCUAAAGGCGGACGUGGGCGACAGGGAGGGCAUCUUGGAGCGCUGCUUCCGACUGGAGCCGGCCCUCCACGGGGGGCAGGUGGUGGGGGAGUGGGUCGGCCUGCGGCCGGGUAGGGAGAGCCCACGGGUGGAGGUGGAGCGGCUGAGAACGGCAGGCGGCCGGGAGGUGCCGCUGGUGCACAACUACGGCCACGGGGGCAUGGGGGUCACUCUGGCCUGGGGCACGGCCCUGGAUGCCCUGGGGCUGGUGAGGCAGUCUCUGCUGCAGCAUCCCCACUCGGCCAAACUGUGAGCAGAAUGGACUCGGCUGUGCAAUGCAAAUGUUAACUAGGUAAACAGAUGUAAACAUACAAAUACUGUUUAAUGGUAAUUCUUAAAUCUUUCAUACAAUAUUUGUCGAAAUAUGCUAAGUGUAUUAAACUGUUUGACCAUAUAGUCUACACUUUUCUAAUCAAAUUCAUCUGAAGGAAUUUUACAAAGAAUAGUGAUUUAUUUCAAUAAACGUUCUU